AGAUGCAGCCGUAGGAGGAGAAGAGAUUGUAAGACCAAGGCAGCAGGCAGGCUGUGCGUCAGCCGGCACUCCAUAGGGAAACAUGGAGACGAGCAGGCGAUGCUGAAGAGGACAGAGCACACCUUAACAGGAUCAUAUAGAUGGAUGGUAUUUCAUCAAACAGGCAAUCUGAAGGCAGCCCACGCAGAGGAUAAACCACUUAUGGACGCAGUGGAUUAAAGACCUACAGACAGACUGAGAGAGAGAGGAAGACGGGGAAUAGAAGAAGAGAAAUUAAUCAGUUCAGUUAUUUAUUUUCAUUGUCUGUGUGUGCGCACUUUCUGUCAGAAGGAGUAUGUGUGUGUGCAUAUGUGUGUGUGCCUGCAUAUAGUGUAUGCGUGCAUAAGGCAGGAGACUGCAUUGCUGCUCUCCGGCACCACAGGACAGACGAAACAGGCAGCCGAGCAGAUUACAUUCUGUGUUUUUCCCAUUAUUUUUGUCUUCUCUCCCUCUCUCUAUGCAUGUGUGCGAUCCCUGGCUGUGCAGCAAAGCGCAGUAUAUGUGUGUGUGUUAAAGCUGAGAAUGAAGUCUGGUGUGAGCCACAGAGUCUCACUUUAAAUAUUUUUGUCUGAUCGUCAACAACAGACUUGGAGAAAAAGAAAAAUCUGAGGAGGAGGUUUUUUUUUUUUCCUUUUUUUUUUUUUUUCUUUUGUCAGAUAUCAUGUCACCGCUCCAGCUGAAGCCUCGGUGCUGAUCAGGGUGGCGUCUAUGCUGGAGGCUCGGAGGUUUGAAGGGCUGCCACCGGGGAAACUUCUUGGCUCUACACCCCAGAGAGGUGGAGGCAUCAUCAGGUAGGAGGUGGCAGAUUGAGUGGGCCUGAGUGGAAGGCAGGAGAGAGAGUAGGAGGAAGAGUUCUGCGUUUGUGUCGUAGACUGUGUAGGCAGGCCAAUGGCAGGCCGGUGGAGCUGCCUCAUGGAUUAAACUUCUGCUGAGGGAGAAUAAUGGCAGCUCUGGCCCUACUCUCCUCCUCUCUCACCUGGAAAGGCCACAGAAAAGCUGGGAAGUGCUAGCCAAAGCUACAAAGAGCCCACCAAGAGGAUGGAGUGAACAGCAACCUGCUACCUUUCCCCAACAGGCCGGGAGAGCCCUGACACAGCUGUGAGGGGCCACGUUUUGUUUUUUGUUUUUUUUUUGUUUUUUUUUUAGUCACCUCAUUUCAACUUCUUCCACACCAAGCUAGUGGGAAACUGAAAGUGGCCUAUCUUGAUUUGUGUGGGAGUUCACUCCCUCCCACUCCCUCCUUCACCUCCUUACCCCUACCCUCAUCAACCUCCAAACUCAGCUCCAUGGAUUGGUUCUAGCACCAACCUGUCCUUUUUUCUUCCUUCUUUUUUCUUUUCUUUUCUUUUUCUUUUUGUCGAGGCUUCAGGGGAAUUGCCAAGACCUGUUUCAUGCAUGUCCACUGGCGGCAGGUUCAACUUUGACGAUGGGGGGUCAUACUGCGGAGGGUGGGAGGAGGGCAAGGCGCACGGUCACGGGAUCUGCACUGGACCCAAAGGCCAGGGCGAGUACUGCGGCUCCUGGGCCCAUGGGUUUGAACUGCUGGGUGUCUACACUUGGCCCAGCGGGAACACCUACCAGGGCACCUGGGCUCAGGGCAAGAGACACGGUGUGGGCGUUGAGAAUAAAGGCCGCUGGGUGUACAAAGGCGAGUGGACGAAUGGCUUUAAAGGACGCUAUGGCGUGCGGGAGAGCACGGGGACAAGCGGGAAGUACGAAGGGACGUGGAACAACGGCCUGCAGGACGGAUACGGAACAGAGACGUACUCAGAUGGAGGAACAUUUCAGGGUCAGUGGGUUGGCGGGAUGCGUCAUGGCUACGGAGUUCGUCAGAGCGUCCCUUACGGUAUGGCGGCCGUUAUCCGCUCCCCGCUUCGUACCUCCAUAAACUCUCUCCGCUCCGGUUCAGAACAUAGCAAUGGGACAGCUCUGCUGGACCGGACUGGGGCAGUGGUUCCUGGACCUCCCCCCCUUCCCGGCACGCUGACCACCAGCGUCUCCAUGUGCAGCACAGGCAGCAGCGGCAGCAGCCCCGCGGUGUCUCGGGGAGGUUUUGUGCUGACGGCGCACAGCGAGGCUGAGCUGCUGAAGGGGAAAAGGAAGGGCGGGCUUUUUCGAAGAUCCAUCCUGUCAGGUCUCAAGCUGAGGAAGUCAGAGUCCAGGAGCUCUUUGGCCUCCCAGAGGUCUAAACAGAGCUCAUUCAGGAGUGAAGCUGGCAUGAGUACCGUGUCCUCUGCUGCAUCUGAUAUCAACUCUACCAUCAGCCUUGGAGAUGCAGACACAGAGCUGACAGUCGCUGACGACGAUGUGGACGCCACAGCAACAGAGACCUACUGCGGGGAGUGGAAGAACGACAAGCGGACCGGAUUCGGUGUGAGUCGGCGGUCCGACGGGCUGCAGUACGAAGGGGAGUGGCUCAGCAACAAGCGGCACGGCUAUGGCUGCACCACGUUUCCUGAUGGCACAAAAGAGGAAGGGAAGUACAAGCAGAACAUCCUGGUGAGCGGCAAGAGGAAGAACCUGAUCCCCCUCCGAGCCAGUAAGAUCAGGGAGAAGGUGGACCGAGCCGUGGAGGGAGCGCAGAAGGCAGCAGAUAUCGCCCGGCAAAAGGCUGAGAUUGCUCUUUCCAGGACGGCUCACGCACAGGGUAAAGCUGAGGCGGCGGUAGCAGCAGCUCAGAAGGCCCAGGAAGAGAGUCGCAUCGCGAGGGUCACUGCCAAGCAGUUCUCCCCUUCUUUCCAGCACCCAGGAAAUGGUAUGGAAGUGCAGCGUCCCAAACGUCAAGUGUCCAGCGAAGUGGAGGGCGAGGGUUUGUCGAGUAGCGCUGGUACGGCCGACAGUCCUGACCUGUAUGUGAAGAGCGCAGCCUCUGACGACCCCUCUAACGACGCUGCAACCCCUGAUCUCAGCCCGCCUUCCUCUUCGCCACCCCACACCCCGCCGCCACCUGCCCGGCCGUCGCAACGCAGCAAGAGUGCGCGUUUCCACCGGCAGAGCGCAGUGGACCAUGGGGACAGGGGAAGGGAGGGGGGAGAAAGAGGUGAGAAAGGUGUGGGGGGGGAGCAGACAGAAAUUCAGGUGUUGAUGGAGGGAGGCAGUGUGGGAGGUGAAGGUGUUGGAGGUGGAGGAGGGAAGGGGGAGUAUCCACGGGCCAACAGCUGGAGUGAAGACAAAAGAAGGGGAAUGUUGUCAAAAGGAGGAGGUGGGGUCAGUGGGCGAGGCACUAGCCGGACCAACGGACACAAACACAGCUCCUCUAAUCACAAGUCGCGGGAGCACAGCUCUUCCAAUCACAGACAGGCCAGGUGGACAGAGUCAUCCUCAUCUGCCUCUUGGACGUCCAGCCACAGGGGCGUGCACGGCAGGGGAGGCCGGCUGCUGGAGCAGGACGAGGAGAAAAUUAGCAACUACGAGAUGGAGAUGAAGCCUUUACAGCCCAGAGACUCAACCACCCACAAGCCCCAUGGGCACGGGGAGGAGAGGCACGGUCACGGAGAGGGGCGUUCACACACCGUACAGCGACAGAGGCAUAAGAACCGAGAUGGGAGGGAGGGAAGGGAAGGGAAAGAGGGGAGGGAAGGGGGAAAGGACUCAGCGCACAAGCUGGACAGACAGGGGGAGAAGCUGGACUCACGGCCUCUGCGCCGGGACCUCACCCUCUCCCCCCCUCUGAAAUCCUCCCCCAUCACACCGACGCAGCAGGACCACAGCCUCACACAGAGCAAAGGCAAUUCGGCCUACAGCUCCAUCCUGGUUGUCAUGGUGAUUCUGCUCAACAUUGGAGUGGCUAUUUUGUUUAUCCACUUUUUUAUUUAAAGACAGCACCGCUUUCAGAGUCAGCCUACCUAUGCUACAACAACUAUAAAUUCAUAUGAGUAUUACGGCGAUUCUGCUGCCCCUUCGUGUUCCUGGUGAGAUGGCUACAACCAGCUGGGACCAAGGAGGGCUCCACCCUCAUUUGGGCUAAAGGUGGCUAACCCAAACUAAGCAGAGCUUGGUCCGGCCAUCUUGGAAGAAAUGCUGAAGUGCAGAGCCCAAAGGGGUGGACAAAGGAGGGGUAAAGCAGUUCAGAUGACUGGACUGCAGUGAGAUAAUCUAGUCCAGAAACUGGACUUAAGUGAGCUUCAGAGGUUCACGUCAAGACUGGAGUGGGCUGCCUGAUUCUCAGGCACGAAAGCUGCAGCUGGCAUUUACAGCAAGUGCACAGACAGGACUGACCAGACAGACUUUUUCAUCUUCAAAUCAUAGUUUUCAACAGAUUUGUAACUUAAAAUUUAUUUAUUAACAUUUUCUCUCAUGUACAAUACAUCGAUGGAUAUGUUCUUUAUUUUGUAACCCUCCUCCCCUUCUUUCUAAAACUCCUGCCUUUUGGUUCUUCCGCCUGCCCUGGUGUUGUUACUGAUGGUUGUGUGCUUAUGUUCCAUUGUGUUGGCUGAGACACACUCAAGAGCUGCAGAGUGUGUAUGCGCUGUCCACACAAACACACACGCACACACGCACACACACACACACACACACACACACACACACACACACACACACACACACACACACACACACACAGAAACACACACUCAUUGCUUUUACCCCAUCCUUCUUCUUCUUUAUCUGGUUAAUUUUUAUCGCAUACUGUGUGUGAGGAGGAGUGUGUUUGGAUAUCAUGUUCACAGUGAAAUGCGAGUUUCUAUCAAGCUUGGGUGUUUUUGCCAUCACAGUAUAUGCCUGUGUGUGUGUGUGUGUUUGUGUGUGUGGUCUCAAAAUUGCACAGUGGCCUUUCAUGCUGUUCAUGAACUUUACAAGAGCAUCUCACAAGGACAGAGUCGCCACACAGCAACAUCUAGCCGACUAGCAUCGGCUGACAGCUGCACUCGCUCCAUCUCUCUCCCUCCCACUCAACCCCACCUCCACACACACCGGUCAAAGGAUGGAACUUCCUCUGAGUUGGUGGACAUUCACAGCACAGCGUAUUGGCAGAGCCCUGCGCCUGCUGUACCACCAGCUGAGGUAUUUAAAGGAAAAUACCGCUUCCAUCGAAGCCUCACAAAUACGGCUUUCCGACUGCUUCUGUUAAAACCUAACCUGAAGAUAAUGACAACAUCUUUUAUACUAUACUUGCAAGAUGUCUGAAAAAAAUCCUAGUCGCCCAACUGCAUUGCUUUUGUAGAGCAAAUUGAUCCAAGUACAACAAUGCAUGCAUAUGUGCUGUAAUAUCUUAGUUGUGCGUUGAAUCUGGAAGCUUCAGAAGCUUCAGAAGCAACAUGUUAGGUUUUGACAGGAGCACAGUUUGGAGACCGGCCUCUUUCUCAUUGAUUUUACUCAACUAAGCAACACAGAUUAAAGUCCCUAGUUGGAGCUAGGUGAUGCAAUGCUGUUGUAGUAAGCAGUAGCCAGCGCCAAGUGAGGAUUUAUCAUUUCCAUUCCUUAACUUCUCCUCUGCUGAGCAAGACUCUUACUGACACGCAAGACUGUCACAGACAGCUGUCGUGCUUUUUAAUCAACUGGAUUUCUCUCAAACCGCCCAGUACAAUCCCUCUGUUUCUUUCCAUGUGUGCACAUGACUGCUCAGAGAGUAUAUGAACAUCUGUGUGUGUGUGUGUGUGUGUGUGUGUGUGUGUGUGUGUGUGUGUGUGUGCGUGCGUGCAUGUGUGUCUGCUCGUCCUUCUCCUUCCUCAUGAUCGGAUGGCAGGAUGGCUGAAACCCUCACCAUCAGUAACAACUUCCAGGAGGGGCAGAGAGGUUUGCUGUUGCUUUUCUGUCCGACAGCGUUUCUCAGGCUGUAGGCUCAUUUCUGGCGUUUCCCCAUGUUCUGACAACACCUCGGUCUAGAAGCUCUGCUGUAUGUCAUCAGCCUGGUGACGAUGCCCUGCACCACCCUGUUAGUCUGCAGCAUGCUACAGCAUGCCAAGCUCUCUCUCUCUAUAGUUUCACUCUCCUCUUUCUUUCUUUCUUUCUUUCUUUCUUUCUUUCUUUCUUUCUUUCCGUUUCUGGGAGUUACUCUGUUUUUCAGUUGUGUGGAGAAAAAUAA